AUGGCGUCCAACCAACUCCAAAGUGGGACCCCUGCACCCUAUGGCCGAGCUUGCAUCAACUGCUCUCGUGCUAAAAGCAAAUGUAUUCUCCUUGCUACUGGAAAUGGCUGCGAAAGAUGCCAACGGCUAAGUAAAGAAUGCCGGCCGUCGCCAACUGUUCGAAAGCGAAAUGGGCGCUCUUCUGCUUCCAGAACGGCCCAGCUAGAAGCCAAACUUGACAGCAUUGUAUCACUGCUCCAGACUAGCGGAGCGCCUACCGGCAUUCCUACCGACUGGGAAGCCACAUCGCCAGCCACUGGCCAACCUACUGCGCAAAGCCAAGCCAGUACUUCAGCAUGUAGCUAUCACUCUGAGGGUAUUCCUACCCCUCCAGCAACAGCGUCACCACCACGAGUCAGCAACGCCAUAGAAGAUCUUUGUACUGCUCUUCCGAUUGCUCCGGAGACGGCUGAACAGACUCUCAGCUUCUUCCGAACUGAGAAUAUGAAAUAUCUCCCUUUCGUGCACAUCCCUUCGCAUGUGACCUCUCAACAACUACGGCAGGAGAGGCCGUUUUUCUGGCUAUGCAUUAUGGCAGUUCUGACGCCAGGGAGCAUUCAAAGGGAGUCUGUUUUCUUGAAAAUCACCGAAUUCAUUCAUCAAAAGCUACUUGUCGAUGUUGCACCAAGUAUGGACAUGCUGCUUGGGAUCAUGACUUUUAUAUCAUGGACGACCUACUCUCGCAGGCCAUUCCUCAACUUCUAUGCUCAUAUAGUCAUGGGCCUUGUAUGUGACCUUGGCAUCAACAAACCAGUUCCUACAGAAUAUUCAACAAUGCAAGCCUUCAAGUCUGCCGUUGGCUUUAAGCAAAACAUGCCAACCACCAGAACCAUGGAAGAGCGAAGAGCUGCGUUGGGUUGCUUUUUGAUUACCUCGAGUGUUGCAUUGACAAUGUCUAGAAUCGACGCUCUCAGAUGGAAUCCACAUAUGGAGGAGUCCCUAUCCGUUCUGAUGAAUGCCAAGGAAUGCCCCGAAGAUGAGCGUCUGGUCUCACUUGUCAAAAUCCAUUUAGUCAUGGAUAAAGUGUACCAUCUACAACGUGAUGGAGACAGUCACCACCCAUCUACCUUUUAUACGAAGGCGUUCCAAUCUCAGCUGGAAGCCGUCAAGAGCUCAAUACCGAGUCACCUACAAGAGGACACCUCUAUCCUCUUUUACCUUGCAAAUGCUGAACUGGUUAUACAUGAGGUAGCCCUCCGAGCACCUUCAACCCCCAACUCGCCUGAAUUGCACAGACUAGAAAGUCUCUACACAUCUCUACACGCAGCAAAAUCCUGGCUAGAUCUCUGGCUCUCCGUGCCCACCGAAAAAUACAUGGGCGUCUCCUUCACCAUCUUCUUCCAAUUCUCCCGCGCUCUUGUCAGCUUGUAUAGACUUUCCAUCUUGGAAGAUCCCGCCUGGGACAAAGCCCUUGUUCGAAACACAGCCAAUGUCCUCGAAUAUCUCGACAAAAUGGCGUAUAUGAUGAAGAAAUGCGCAGAUCAUCUCGCAGUCCCCCAUCAGCCGGAAUGGAAUAUUUUUGAAAAGGGAAAGAUGAUGGUUCAGUGCAUCAAGGAAGGAUGGGAACCAAAGCUCAUGGAAGUUUGGUAUCCGAGUUUACCCUCCAAUGGUGUUGAGAAUACUCUUGAUCCGCCUAAUCCUGCCAUCCUCGCUGACAUUCUGCCGAUGAAUGGGUUUGAUGAUGCGUGGAUGAUGGAGGUGUUUGGUUCAAUGUGA